AACGUAGGUCGCACCUUGUCCUCCGUGGCUCCACAUCGACAACACAGAGCGGAGAGAAGCAGCAUCCAAACGAUGAAGACAGCCAGAACGGUACCUGAACAUUUUGAGAUUUGGUAACGUAUACGCGUGUAUACGUAUGUAUAUAAGAAGAUUGAACGAUACGUUUUUUUCUCCUCAAGACUCCCGAUAUCGAGGCCGCGUGACACACGACUUCGAAUAAAUAAAUAUAACAAAAUAUACCUAGAAGAAUCGUCGCGAAGGUCUCGAAGGUGCAGAAUGAACGAGAAGCGGCAGCAACAGCAGCAGAAAGAAGGUGAAAGAAAAGGGAGAGCGAAGAAAACCGAGGAGUCCUCAUCUCGGAUGGUCUUGGAGAAAAAUUUGACGAGUUUACAUCGAGAUGUGCAGGCGGACUGAGACCGUGCAGCGUUUCCUGUAAUUAUAAACUCGAGCGAAUCGAACCUCCGACCCCGUAAACACUUAAUGGGAUUCCAAAAGCCAUUCGGGAAUCGGGGGCUCAUCCGUAUUCGGAGGAUUCUGGCUGCGGACGAUAUCGAGUCGAUUCGACGGAACAAUCGGGAUCUAACACCCCCAUUAAUCGACCACCGGUUUUCCGACGUGUCCUAAGGCCCAAAACGACACCCUUCCAGGGCGAGAGCCGCGGGCAGCGAGGAGUCGAUCAGCGGUAUACGGGAAUAUUCGUUCCUGACCGCGCUUCGAAACGCCGCUAGCAGUUGAGUCAGUGCGCUUUCAGCCUUCGCACCGUCGCGACGCUCGCUCCUCAUUCGGCAGCGACGCCUCGCAACGCGACGCGACGCAAAGCGCCGGAUGAAUUUCGGGCGGCCGAUCGGCGCUCCGCGGAUCCUGUAACUCUUUGUUCGCGAGUUCGGUGAUCGAGUGCGCGAGAUCUUUUUUUCCUUUACUCUCUUCCUCCGAUUUAUCAAUUUCUGUAAAUCUAUGUGUACGCAAUUAAGUACUCCGCGUUUGUGACUUGGGGAAGUUAUAGUGAAGAUCGAAAUUUUGUUAAACAAAAAAGAGAGGAAAAGAAAACAUCGAGCUUGUUUCUCGAAACUGCUGAGUUCGAUCAAGUUUACCACACGCGCAAAGUGCUUCUUGUUUGUUUUUGGUUUCUUUGGUUCGUUUGUUCUUGUUUUCUUUUUUAUUCUACGGCUUGAAGGACCAGCAACCAGACGAUCCUCGCGUGUUAGGAGGUUUCAACGGAUCUCUCGUCGGCCACGUCUCUAACCCAGUUUUGGUGUUUGAACACAGGAUGGGAAGCGAGGCCGGAUCAACGGAACUCUGGAGCUGCCUGAGCUGCCGGAGCUGAACUACUUAUCGGCAGCGAUGCAAAGUCUUAAGGAUUUCCUCGAGGCCUCGUUGCUGCGGAGGCCAACUCACGGCCGACGCUCCUCUUAGCGAUAAUAAUCUGACAAUCUGCCGGCCCGAGGAGCUCCGCCUAACCAUGCUCGAGCACAAGCAGACUAUCCUCAUGCCCCCUGCCCUGAGCAACAGCAGCUGCUGGCGUAGCGGUCCCAUCACAUCGUGGUCUGGACCAGGUCCCGGAGAGCUUGUACGGGCCGCUCUCAUCCUCGCUCUCAGCCUCGGCAUCCUUUGCGCGAAUCUACUCGUCAUAUGUGUCAUCAACAGCCGGAGGUACAGCAAGUACAUUCACGCUCAGCCGAGAUACCUGCUCACGAGUUUGGCAAGCAACGACCUUGCCAUCGGUCUCCUUGUUACACCCUUUGGAUUUUUACCCGCCGUUUACGGAUGCUGGCCCUACGGUGAAGUCACUUGUCAAAUACAGGCACUUUUGAGAGGAGCCUUGACACAGCAGAGCGCGGUAAUCCUGGUGUGCAUGGCGAUCGACCGUUACAUGUGCAUGCUGCAUCCUCAUCACUACCACAGGCACUCGUCAAAGAAGUAUUACAUGCGGCAGGGUUGCGUUGCAGUGAUGUCGACGACCUGGAUAGCCAGCGUUGCGGUCUUCGGUGCCCUCGUUCUUCCCAGAGGAGGCUACUACUUCAACGGCUCCGGUCUUCUCGCCUGCGAUCCAUUUUUCGCCAGGGCAUCCCUCAGGAUAUUGGCCUGCUGUUGUUUCUACUUUCCGACGACGAUGGUACUGAUGUACUGUUACGGUUCGGCGUUUCACGUCAACAAGCUGCGACUGAAGAGGGUCGUAUGCGUAAACGCACCGGAAGUCGUCAGCGGCGGUCACAUCGAAAGGCUGGUAGCUCACGAAAGACGAUUGUCCACCUCGGCUUCCCGGACAAUGGCCGCGAUGAGUUUGGGUUUCAUUGUGAUGGUUACUCCGUGGACAAUUCAGGAAGUGGUAGCGGCUUGUACAGGAAGCAAACCGCCCCCCUUCCUAGAUUUCCUAGCCACAUGGCUCGCCCUUUCCAACAGCUUCUGGAACCCCUUUCUCUACUGGCUGUUGAACAAUCACUUCCGACGCAUCUCCAAGGAGCUUCUAUACACUAAGAUCUUAUGCAGACCAAAGCCCCUCGGUCCGAAGCAACACUGUUGUGCAACAAGUACUGGGGGACUGGACAUCUGUAGUAUCGGUGGCUUAGAUCUGUCUGGCAUGGAACGAUGCUCGAUGGAGAGGUGUUCAAUGGGGCGAUGUUCCUCCCUCUCUUUGGCGACGACGCCGCCGCCUCUUCCUUGGGAAACGGGACCUUCUUGCGUCGGCGUCGGCGUCGGCGUCGCUGGUGGAAGAGAAAGCCCGACGUGAGUGCGGAGUGUCGCCACGCAGACGGAGGACGAGCCAUCCUCCCCUGAUCACUGCAGUUAGUACUGCGUGGCGGCGCGACUUAUCGAUAAUUACUGCACUCGCCAUCCUCAUCCUCAUCCUCAUCCUCAUCCUCAUCCUCAUCCUCACCUUCGUCUUCGCCGCUGCCGGAUCGAAAGCUUACCCGACUUGCUGACGCGGAUUAGUAAUCAAAAUUCAGUUUUGCCGGAGGUUUGAAGAAGAAGAAUUCUUCAAAUUUAGUAGGGAAAAUAUAACUGUAAUAUAGACAUGAAAUUCAGGAAUCAACAGCUCACUGACUUCAUUCAUUCGAUAAUAUCAUGCCAAAUUUUCUACCCAUUUACUUUCUUUUUUUUUUUUUUUUGCUAUAUUCUCAGCAACUUUCGAAGAGACGUUUGUUUAUUUAGUUAUUUGCUUUUGUGAAAGCCUGAAUAUGAUUAUACAUUUGUGUCAUAUUUGCCGAACAAAAAAAAAUGAUACGUGAAAAUUAGCACUAGCUACGUAUAUAAAUCGCGUUUUAUAUAAAUAUAUUAUAUGUAAUACUACGAUAAACAAUAUUAUAUAAAAUAGUAACGGUUGCCAAUUUCGAAGCGAUAAUAAAUUAUUGAAUAUAUUCGAUAUGACGUAUACAUUAUGUAAAUAAUAAUAUAUAACGUGACAUAUAAAAGUACGUAUUAUGUAAAAAAUCAAUCAAAGUAUGUAUAUGUAAAAACUCUAGUUGUAUACGUUCACUCGUACAUACAUAUACUGGAAAUUCAAUUUCGAAAGUUUUCAAUUACGAUUAUUAUUUACAAUUUGAAUUAUCGUACCUAUAAAUAUUGGUUCAGAAUCUCACGGUGUGUGAGAAAAAGUUGACGCUGGGUCGAAUUGUGUUUCGAGGCGGGAAAACAAGGGAGAAUGAAAACAAAUUGAUAAUUAGAUAAUGGACCAAAUGGACUGCCUGAUUAUUUGUAAUCUCAUAGUCGCGUUAUAAAUUUUAUUUUCGUUUCUCAUUAUAUAAUUAUACAAUUAUACGUGUAAUAUAUACCUCUGAUCUCGCAUGGCGUAGGAAAUUACUAAGAUAAUGUGUUUUUAUUAUUGAAAUACUUGUAUCGUUCCUCAAGACACAAGAGAGAGAGAGAGAGAGAGAGAGAGAGAGAGAGAGAGAGAGAGAGAGGGAGGGAAAAAAAUGUGUUCAUUUUAAUUUAAUAUUCAAAGUGUCUUGAACAGUUUUAGACUUUUUGCCAGAAUUAAAAUGAUCAAGAACUGCCACGUACUUUCAGAAAUUACGUUACUUACGAAUUAUCCCUCUUCUCAGCACAUUUCCGCAUAAUCACUUAUCGCACUUACUUUUGUUCGUCGGUCGUAAAUUACUACAUUACUGACGAAUUAAUGAAUGAAUUUCACCAAAGCACUUGUGAAAUCGGACAAUGAUUCAGAAUUGUAUUAAAAUUGCGUAUAACUUUACGGCUCGGUUGAAAAUGAUUAGAUAUAAGUGUAUAAAAUAUAAUGUAUAAUUAAAAUCGUUAUCGGGAGUUGAUUAUCGCUGCAGAGAAUUAAAACCAUAUUAAAUUGAGCUGUGAAAUGUGUACGUGGAGAAAAUGAGACGGUGUAUUACGGUGUCUGCAGAUGCGGAAAUAAAUUUAUAAUCCUCGGAUAUUCAUUCUUCGUUGUUAUAUAUCAUGUGCAUAUAAAUACAUCUAUUUUACUUUUUUCGUAUUACUUGUCUAGGUAAAGAAAUAAAUAAAAAUCAACGUAAUCGCGAGUAAAUUGUAGCGAGCGAAAGAACGAGAUAAAUGAAUAAAUGUGAGAGAAUAAAAAAUAAUUAUACAACAUAAUGAUAAAAUAACGGUUGUAGAUAUAAAUUUGGAACUUUUGUUACAAAUUCGUACGUAGGUUCAUAUUGUCUUUAUAUUCGAAAUAUUGUUACGUGUACGGUGUUGCGCGUCUGCUGCAAGAGAAACCUGAAAUUUUCUAACCGAUAUAGGUAAUGCAAAAAACUUUGCCGGCGAUUACAUGAAAAAAAAAAAAAAUAAGAAGAACAAUUAAAUUUUAAUUAAACGCACAAGCAUAGAUCGGCGGAUAAUUUUUAGAUAGCAAUUAAUCCUAUAUAAUUAUAAUCUACAUAAUUCAACGUGUAAUAAUGUAAAACUUUCUCGUACACGCAUAAUAUAAUACGAAGCAAUUACCUUGUAUACAAGAUUCAUCCCAAAGACUCAAGCAAUAUCGAGGCGAAUUGACGUACAAUCGAUAUAAAUACAAUUUUACGAGACGAUCGAGAUUAUUUUCCGUCUCUCAAUUUUUAUUAAAAAAAAAAAAAAAAAAAAAGAAACGCACAACAAACCAUCGCAUGUUAUUGCAAUAACAUCU